AUGGCGACGUCCACGCCCACGCCCUCGUCCGCAACAGCGGGCUUCUUCCAGCCCUUCCCCGCCGUCCAGCCCUCCUACACCUCUCCCACCCACAACACCACCAAUCCAAAUACCGCCUCCAAAGCAAAUCCAACCGACGACCCCACCAUCCCCCGCCUCCUAGCCCUCUACCUCCCCCAACCCACACCGCCCACCCUCACGGCCCACCUACACGCCCUCUCCCGUCAAACCCUCUCCCCAACCACGCUCCACCACGCCUCCCUCGCCGACACCUCGCCACCCACGCUCUCCCCGCUCACCACCUUCGGCGCCCCCAACACGGCGCCCUCGCAACUCCAAACCUCGCUUUCUUGGCAACACCUCUUGGCCUCGCAGACCAGGCACGGUAUCGUGGGGCAUGGGUACGCGCAGGCCGAGCACCACGACGAGGUUACUGAGGCAGUUGUAAGGGGGCGGGGGAGGGGUGCCGGAGGGUGGAACCGCCGCGUGUACCAGUUCCUGCUCAACCACGUCUGGGACCCGUCGUCGGCCGGGGUGGUGUGUCCGGCGGCCAUGAGUGACGGGGCGGCGGCGUUGUUGCGGGAGCAGGUUAGGGUGUUGGAGGAGGGGAUGGCGGGAAACAGGGACAGGGAGAAAAAGGCGGUGUUUCAGCACGCGUACGAGAGGCUCGUCACGUUGGAUCCCGAGCGGGGGUGGCGGGCGGGCCAGUGGAUGACGGAGCGGAGUGGGGGGAGUGACGUGCGCGAGACGGAGACGGUGGCGACGAGGUUGGGGGCGGGGGAGCUGAGGACCUUGAAGAAGAGUGGCGUGGACGUCGAUGCCGUGGGGAUGGAGUUGGGGGAUUGGGAGGUGAGUGGGUUUAAGUGGUUCAGUAGUGCGACGGAUGCGGACUGUGCGCUGUUGUUGGCGAAGACGGCGGGAGGCAAGGGGAAGGGGAGGGUGAGUUGCUUUUACGCGCCGGUUAAGAGGAGGGAAGUCGGGGAGGGGUCUAGGGUGGUUAUGAAUGGCGUGAGGAUCUCGAGGUUGAAGAACAAGUUGGGGACGAAAGCGGUGCCGACGGCGGAGCUGGAGUUGAAGGGGAUGAGGGCGUGGUUGGUGGGGGAGGAGGGUGAGGGAACCAGGGUCAUCAGUCGGCUGCUGAAUAUUACGAGGCUGCAUACGGCGAAAGGCGGCGUGGCGUGCUGGGGGAGGGGGCUGGCGAUCGCGAGGGCGUGGGCUGCUUGCCGGCCUGUCAAGAAUCCGGAGGGUGGUAAGGUGCUGUUGGUGGAGAAUCGGCAGCAUGUGAGGUGGAUGGCGGAUGAGACGGUCAAGUACCGAGCGUACACGAGUCUGUACAUGUUCGGCGUGGCGCUGUUGGGUGUGAGUGAGAUCGACGGACUGGUCGGGACCACAAAGGCGGAUGAGCUGGGCUUGAUUCCGAAGGACACAAAGGCGGCACUGUCGUUGUUGCGGCUGCUGACGCCCGUCAUGAAACAGGCAUGCUCGUUGGCCGCCGUUCAGGGUCUGAGAGAGUGUAUGGAGUCCAUGGGCGGCGUGGGCUACUGCGAGAACACGGAAGACAACGGUGUAUUGAAUGUUGCGCGGCUGUUGAGGGACGCCAAUGUCAAUCCCAUCUGGGAGGGCACCACCAGUGUGCUGGCGGAGGAUCUGCUCCGAGCUUUGAGAGUGGGUAGUGGACAAGCUCGACAGACACUGGAUGGGAUUGUGGGAACAUGGCUGAAGACUGCCUUGGGCGGGUCGCGUGCCACAGAGGUCUUCGCCAGAGAAAUACAAACCAUUCAAGGGAGGUAUGAGAGGUUGCAGAAGCUGAUCAGCACCAAGAGCGAGGACGAGCUGUUGUGGCAAGGCAGGGUGGUCGUCCGCCUUCUCGCAGACAUUACUUGCGCAGUACUUCUGCUGAAAGAUGCGCUCGCGGACGGAGACGAGAUUGCUGUCGCGGUUGCAAGGCGUUGGGCACUUAUGAUCGGCGGAGGAGACACAACAGAGGCUGAUGAUUGGGAGGCGGAGGCUCAGAUGGACAGGAGGAUCUUCAUGGGUGAGAUGCCAGCUGGUCAUUCAAGUGAGUUCAAGGGUCGAGCGAAGCUCUAA